CUCCGCUUUCACCUCGCAGUGUACAGGGACAAUGUCUGUGACACACAUCACUUCCACUUCUCAGCUCAAUGGAGUCCUGUCCCAAUCUUCGAGCAAGCUGACGGUCAUAGAUUUCCACGCAUCGUGGUGUGGGCCCUGCCAUGCUAUCGCACCGACGUACGAACAGCUGGCCAAGCAAUACACCAACGUCAACUUCUUGAAGUGUGACGUCGACGCCGCCAAGGAUGUUGCUCAGAGCUACCAAGUGACCGCAAUGCCAACAUUCGUCUUUCUGAAAGGAAAUUCCGAAUUAGAGCGAGUCCGCGGGGCAAACAGGGCCGCACUGGAAUCUGCCGUCCAGAGGUACUCGUCUGGAUCAUCCUCGACUGCGGCUUUUGUGGGCAAAGGCCAAACCUUGGGCAGCACUUCCAAGCCUUCGACCCCUUCAUCGUCAAAUGCGGGCGAUGGAAUAGGGGCUAUUUGGUCCAACCUGAGUCCUCAGGUGAAGAUUCUCGUUGGACUUGUUGCGGCAUACAUCUUUUUCGGUUUCAUGUAGAAUGUAAUAUUGCUAUUCAGGAUAACUAUCAUUUGUUGAUUCUCGCGAGUUAUUCUACAUCACAAUCUACACAAGCGACUGAG